AUGGCUGCAGCAGCAGCGGCUGUAACCGCCAUACCUACAACACAGAGAGUCUGGGACAAAGGCGUUAGACACAGAGGGUCCUUGGCUGACACUACCUGCUUUUCUACAAUGAAGCAGCCAGCACACAUGGAUGGAGAUGUGAUGAUAACUGGGAUUUUCCCCAUGUACACUUUGGGAAUAGAUCACAGUAACAGCCAUGCUUCCAGGCAAGAAGACAACAAGUUGUUUAUCUUCAAGAACUAUCAGUAUGUUUUGGCCUUGGCUUUUGCUAUUGAGGAGAUCAACAAAAACCCUAAUCUUUUACAUAACCUGACUCUGGGAUUUGAUGUCUAUGAUGUUCACUUCAAUGCUUGGACAAUGUUUAAGAAUCCCUUCAUUUGUCUCUUUGGGAAGUAUAAGAUUCCAAACUAUUCCUGCGUGAGAGGAAGUAGUUCUAUAGCAAUACUUACAGGACCCUCAGGAGUAACAUCUGACCAGAUUGGGACAUUGCUGGGACUCUACAGAUUUCCACAGGUGAGGGUGGAAGAUAUGGCGUCUAUGGUUACCACCACCACUGCCACCACCACAGCUGCAGCCGUGGCUGCUGGCAAAUGCUCAGAUCUGUCUUCUUGCCUGGAUUUUCCUUCUCUGCCUAAACUGUCUUUUACCUUUGGGCCUUUUGAUCCUGCCCUGAGUGAACAUAACAAGUUUCCUGCUCUCUAUCAGUUGGCCCCAAAGGACUCAUCAAUAGCCACUGCUAUGGUCUCCUUACUGCUUCACUUCAGCUGGAGCUGGGUGGGACUAUUGACCACACAAGAUGAUAAUGGGGCAAAGAUUCUUGCUGAAUUGAAAGUAGAGAUGGCCAAGAACAGAGUUUGUGUAGCCUAUGAGCUAGUGAUCGCCACCCAAGAUGCAUAUAACCUCAUAACAGUUAAUCGUUAUAUUAAUCUAUCUUCAGCAAGUGUCCUCAUCAUAUAUGGUGAUAAUAAUUCACUGAUGGUUUUUAUGUCUGAUUCUGUAUCUGACUGUGUAACAUGGGACAACUUUGCUCAUGAUGCCUCUUUGGAUUGGUUACCUGGGCAUAUUUUAGACAUGACUAUGUCUGUAGAUAGUUACAAUAUAUACAAUGCUGUGUAUGCUGUGGCCCUGGCUCUCCAUAAGAUGCUUCUUCAUCAAACAGAAGUUCAAACAACGAGAAAUAGAAAAGAAGAACUGCCUACCUCUACUCAGCUGUACACUUUUCUGAAGAAUAACCAGUUUUACAAUCCUAUUGGAAAUCAAGAAAUUUGGGACAAGCAAAGGAAAUUGGAGCCAGAGUAUGACAUUCUGAAUAUUUGGAAUUUUCCAGAGGGUCUUGAACUUGAGGUGAAAGUAGGAAAGUUUUCUCCAUAUGCUCCACAUGGCAAUCAACUCUCUUUAUCUGAAGAUAUGUUAGAGUGGUCCAUUGAAACUACAGAGAUCCCUCACUCUGUCUGCAGUGAGAGUUGUGGUCCUGGAUUCCGGAAAUCUCCUCAGGAGGGAAAGGCUGCCUGUUGCUUUGAUUGUUUACCUUGCUCAGAAAAUGAGAUUGCUAAUGGGACAGAUAUGGAGCAAUGUGUGAAAUGUCUACAUCAUCAGUAUGCCAACACACACAGGACCCAGUGCCUCUUGAGAGUUGCAAGUUUCCUGGCUUUUGAAGAUCCGUUGGGCAUGGUUCUGGCCUGCAUGGCUCUUUGCUUCUCUUUGCUAACUGCUGCUGUUCUUUGGAUGUUUGUGAAACACCAAGACACUGCCAUUGUUAAGGCCAAUAACCGGGCUCUCAGUUAUAUCUUGCUCAUCUCCCUCAUUUUCUGUUUCCUCUGUUCUUUGCUCUUUCUUGGUCAACCCAAAACAGCCACCUGCAUCCUGCAGCAGAUCACAUUUGGAGUUGUAUUCACUGUGGCUGUUUCCACAGUGUUGGCCAAAACAGUGACUGUGGUUCUGGCCUUCAAGGCCACUUCCCCAGGAAGAAGGAUGAGGUGGCUGCUGGUAUCAGGAGCUCCUAACUUCAUCAUCCCCAGCUGCACGCUCAUCCAGGUGACCUUCUGUGGCCUCUGGCUGGGAACCUCUCCUCCCUUUGUGGACACAGAUGCACACUCUGAACAUGGCCACAUCAUCAUCUUGUGCAACAAGGGCUCCCUCACUGCCUUCUACUGUGUCCUGGGAUAUCUGGGCUUCCUGGCCCUGGCCAGCUUCACUGUGGCUUUUCUGGCCAGGAACCUGCCUGACACCUUCAAUGAGGCCAAGUUCCUGACCUUCAGCAUGCUGGUGUUCUGCAGUGUGUGGCUCACCUUUCUACCUGUCUACCACAGUACCAAGGGGAAUGUCAUGGUGGCUGUGGAGGUUUUCUCCAUCUUGGCCUCUGGUGCAGGUCUCCUAGGUUGCAUUUUUGCCCCAAAGUGUUAUACCCUCUUGUUAAUGCCAAAUAGAAAUUCUCUGCAUGGCCUCAGGGAUAAAAAACAUAGCAGGAGAAAUAAGCAUACUUAG